GGAUUGGCUAGCUGGGAUGGCCGGGCCAAAGAGGAAAAGAGGCUUUGAAGGACAAGGGAUGAAAGGGAGCAGAGAGCAAAGGGGCAGUCUCUUCUGUCCCAAAUGUCCAACGACUUAAAUCGCCUGGCACCAGCGCUUGGCGGUGCCAUGACGGAAACGCUUCAAACCUGUCGGACGGGACUGUGUGAAGUUGGCAGCACCCUUCACACUUCAAGGAAAACAUCCCAGGUGUUUAUCGGAAGGUGUUACCAGUUGCUUGUUGAAUGGUUUUCAGGAAUGGUUCUUUAGAGUUGCUGCAGAAGAGGCCACGAUGCUGCGGUUCCUGCUGGGUUUCUUCCUUCCGGCCCUGAUCCUGGCAGCGCCGCCUCCCAUAAACAAGCUGGCCUUGUUCCCAGACAAGAGUGCCUGGUGCGAAGCCAAGAACAUCACGCAGAUCGUGGGUCACAAUGGCUGCGAGUCCAAGUCCAUCCAGAACAGGGCCUGCUUGGGGCAGUGCUUCAGCUACAGCGUCCCCAACACCUUCCCACAAUCCACCGAGUCCCUGGUGCAUUGCGACUCCUGCAUGCCGGCGCAAUCCUUGUGGGAAAUUGUGACGCUGGAUUGUCCCAACAACGAGGACAUCCCCCGUGUGGACAAGCUGGUGGAAAAGAUCCUGCAUUGCAGCUGUCAAGCUUGUGGGAAGGAGCAGAGUCAAGACGGGGCGCUCUUCAACGUCUACCUGAACGCCGACGAGAAUCUCCCCGGCGACCCCCAGCAGGAGGGGGAAGAUGCCGCCGCCGCCGCCGCCACCCCCCAGCACCACCACCAGCCCCAUUACCGCCAGCACGAAGAAGAGGCCGAGGAGUGAGCAGCGGGCUCCUGGGACCGUCCCCUGCAGCGGAGGCUGGGACAUCUUUCCUUUCUCUCCAAUAACGACCAUGCUUUGCUCUUAGCCAUUUUGCUGUUGGGGAAGGGGCCAAGCAGAAGCCGAAACUUUACUGGGAUGCAACUGGGGUGCAGGGACAAAACGGCCGUCGGUGAGACAAUAGGGGGGGCUGGGCAUGUUUGAGUAUAAGAAAUUGCACAUUGUGAUAAUAUAUUGGUGGCAGAGGAAGAGACUCGGUGGGGGAGGCUUUGGUUGGGCAGAUCUCGACUGGUUCUUCUACAUCCACGGAUGGCCAAUUCUCCACCACUCUGAGGAUGUUUUCGUGGUGGAGACCUGCUGGUUUUGAUCUGUGCCACUAGGAACUGUGACACUGGCUUGGGAGGGCCAAAGUGGGUGUCAGCUGAUGCCUCCGGAAGAGGUGCCCCAGCUGGGGCCAACUGCAGAGAACAGCCUUCCGUGCCUUCUCUCCUGUGUGUGGGCGGCACAACGUUUCUUCCCACAAGGGAGUUCCGGGGAAAGGAUUCCCAGCUUUUCAGAGAAGUCUGUUCCUCGACCGAGGGGCUUCAGCUCUUGAAUCCUGUGUUUAUGUGUCAGGCACGUCUACGCGGCAGAACAAGGGAAAUCGGGGGUCGUAGUUCCGUGAAGGGUAGGAGACACUAGUGACAAAUUCCUCGAUGGAAGGAAUCGCUUGUUAAUCAUUUUAAAUCUGUCACGCAGACCUGCUCUCUUGAGUUUCCCACUCUGGGAAUGUAACACCUUUGUCGGUUGGAAUGUAUGUCUGAGUUUUCAAAAAUA